AUCAACUUGUAGCUUGAUCCAUGUUAUUCAUGUGGAAGGGCAGGAGAUGGCCCAACAGCUUGAGAAGCUUCUAACAGAAGAGACGCGAGCCGGCAAGGAGGCUGAAGCCGAGCUGUUGGCCCGAGAGGAUGAGAAGGCGAAACUGCUGGUGCUGCUGAAGCACAAGGACUGGCGCCUGCGGCAAGAAUUGUUGUGUUCUGGGCGUUUGCGGCGAGCCCUGCACAAUGCCAAAAGCUCUGCUGGGUACUACAUGCUGCUGUGUGCACUUCGUAGCUGGCGAGAUCUCUCGAAACGGAAAAAGUCGCAGCGCAAGGUCGAACGAGCCAAGGUCAGCUCUCAGGAAGCUCUGCUGCGCUUCUCCUGCCGUAUGAUGGCUGUGCAGUUGCGCCGUGCAAGUGCAAAGCCUUUGGCAGAGGCAAUGCACAGGCUGUGGUUGAACUCUACAAGACCGACAGCAGAGCCGCAGGACAUGACUGGGAUGUCCUUCACGGCCAAGGAAUUGUCUUCCCGUCAGACAAAACACGCAGGUGGCAAAGACCGACUACUUCUGGUGCCGGUGUCAAUCAAGACUCAGGUACCGGAGGAUGAAGUCUUGUGGGGAACGCCAAGAAAGCCCUUGCUUGAAGUCAAGUCUCCGUCUUCAACACCACCUGGAAAUGCUUGGAAGAACAAUUUUCAUUUGCGAUCGCCCUUCAGUGAAGCAUCCACAAGGGCAACAUCUAGUUCAUGCCCAAAAGCCUCGCUAGCAGCUUGUGCAGCUGCAGCACGGCUUGCCAUUGUGUUCAAUCGCGCCACCUUGCGAUGUUCUGCCCAUGCUUGGCGAAAACUGCGGGCGAAUGCCACUGUUGCACUUCCUGAAGCUGAUUCAGACUUGUGGAAGUGGAAGGAGCCCUGCACACAGCUUCAAGACGUAGCGAAGCGUUUGGAGGUUGUUCCAGGGAAAAAACAUGAGGAACGAGAGGUGCGCCACAAAGCGUCGCAAAGUGCCCUGGACGCCGAAGAGUGGAGGGCGCGCUCGAGGACUUUGGCUCACGAGCAAGCUUCAAAGGCAAGAAGAGUUGCCACGGAGCCUGUACAUCUCGGACAAGAAGCAUUUCUAGAUUUACAGGCUGCCUGGCAGCGUGAACGAGACGAGUGGGUUGCAACUUGCGAUAAACUGCGCUGUCAAACCCUUGCUGCUCAAGGGGAAGCCGAGGCAGCACGCCUGACUGAGGAGUUGCAGUCUUUGCGUGUGAAGCUGAGCGAGGCAAGAAGAGUUGCCACGGAGCCUGUACAUCUCGGACAAGAAGCAUUUCUAGAUUUACAGGCUGUCUGGCAGCGUGAACGAGACGAGUGGGUUGCAGCUUGCGAUAAACUGCGCUGUCAAACCCUUGCUGCUCAAGGGGAAGCCGAGGCAGCACGCCUGACUGAGGCAGAAGCCGCUGCGGCGGCAAAAGCGAGACAGCAAGCUGAGCCCAACCAAGUGGAGGAAGAUCGCUUGCAUUUGCGUCAGCUUCACUCCCAGCUUCAGCAGCUCAUACACGCGGCCAAAGUAACCGGAGAGCUCGAGGCGAAAGCUGCCAAGGCUCUGUCCGAAGCCGCAGAUGAGAGAGAGGACCUCCCAGGUGGGCUUGAUGAGGUCCUGGCCUACCAGACCCUGGUGGCGCGGCUCCGCUCGGAGCUGCGCUGGGAAAAGGAGCGACGCCACAGUUGCGACGAGG